UCAAGAGAUGCUGGGGUGAGGCACAUGCGCUUAAGCAUGAGGUGACUGCUCAAGAUGGCCGGAGCGUCCUUUGAAAUCAAAUUGGAUGAUCCUGAAGCUGACCUCACUCAGGAUCAGAAAGAGAAAGUCCUUGACAACUUUAAACUGCUUGAUCAGAGCAAAAGUGGUCGCUUGAACCCACAGCAGGUGGGCAUUCUGUUCCGGGCCUUUGGACAGAACCCAACCGAUGAGGAACUUGCUGAAAUGCUGAGACCAAUCCCGCAAGCAGGGCUAGAUGUUGAUGGGUUUAUUCGUUUCUUCAAAGGGAACUACAGGCCUCCAACCACAGAGGACACUCUGCUGAAGGCCUUCCAGGUCUUUGAUUUGGAAGAUACUGGGAUUAUGAGCCGCGAUAAAUUCAAGGAAAUGCUCACGUCGUUGGGUGAUCCGAUGCAAGAGCAUGAGGUGGAGGCGAUACUGAAGGAGGCCGAGGUGGAUGACAAAGGUCUCUUCGACUACAAAGCCCUGGCCAAGCGCCUUUGUGAGGGACCAAAGCGUAUCCCCGAUAUGCCGUGAAUUUCGAUUUCUGUCUAACAUGUUGAUGUGCCAGCAAGUCUCACAAUGGCACUGAGAAACGAGCUAUCAAUGCCGUGAAUGCAAGAAAUCAAAGCAGCUGAGUGGCGUGUUGAAUUGCAUGAUAAUUGAUC